GUGUGUGUGUGUGUGUGGGGGGGGGCUGAACUAUUCUUCCAUCCUGUCAAAUGUCUUUAUUACUUAGCUGAAGGAGCGAGCAAUUUCUCUCAACCCUCUGAUGUUCGACAUGUAUACUCCGCUUCUGAUUCUGUGCUACAUGCCUAUUUUGAAAGUUGUAGGGUCCAUCAUGUCGGAGGACUCAACAGUGAUCCAGUAUCCACCUGUUGUUGAGGAGGUAGUUGGCGGCAACAUCACCAUGAACUGCAUUCUGGAGGGGUUGACUUCUUACUGUUAUACUGUCGCCUGGAUAAGACUGCCCAAACAACCUGGGGCGCUGCGAUUCCCCAAGAACACCGUUAUCAACACCAGAUCUGAGUAUGAAAUCUUCAACAAUAUAUGCCCAGUGUCCAUCUACAACGUAUCUGUCACCGACUCUGGGAUUUACUACUGUGCUGUCAUAUAUGGCCAGCAGAUCUACUUAGGCAACGGCACCACAGUGAUUGUUAAAGAUGAAACCAAAGCUCCUCUAACCAUCGAAAUCCUGAAACCGCAGAACAGCUACCAUUCCUCUGUCUCUCUCCUGUGUUUGGUGUCAGGAGUGGUCCCGUCUCAGGUUCACAUGUUCUGGCUCAUAGGCGGGAGACAGGACAGUGGACUUACUGAGUACACCUGGACAGACAACAGUCAUCCAGCCACAGAGUUCACUAGGAACCAGAUUCUGGUCAAAGCAGAGGAGUGGGACAGAGGAGCAGAAUGCACGUGUGUGGUAGAGUUCGAAGGGCAGUAUAUCAACAAAACCGUGCAACACAAUGACUUCUCCACGACGUGUUACACCAUAGUGAGUCUCUACAGGGUUCUGGGAAUUGUGUCCGCUCUUCUUCUUCUCCUUACACUGGCUGCAUGGGUACAACUAUCAGGCAAGAGCAACAAUUCAGGCAAGUGUAAGAAAAGCAACAGAAACCCCCCAAACUAAAGAAGAGGAGGGCUUUGGGAUUCUGUCUUCAUUGUGAAAACUGCAGGAAACCAACAUUCAGAAUUUGAGUGCUUUGAGUGAAUCACAGUGCUUCAUACCAACUAGGAAGACGUUAAGUAUGUAGUACAUUUUCACUGGGUGUCGAAAGGCUAUCGAAUAUUUUUGUGUGACUUCUUUUCAAUUUUUUUCCUAUUCACUUUGCUUUUGAUUUCAUUACAUGAAAAUUGUCAGAUAAGCAAUAUGCAUAAAAAAUAAAAUGUGUUAGAAUAGCCUAAUGCUUCCAUAAAGUGAUAUCCUUAAAGUACUGUAGUGGUGAAAUGUGAUUUUUUUUCUCAUCUAGUGGCACAGUCAUCUUGUGUCACCAUCUCAAAACAUCCAGUAGAUAUCAGUGUUUACUCAAAAUAUACAAUCUACCCUUCCUCUCACUUGUGCGUCCAUUGUAGUGACACUGAUUGAAUGAAGAAUGGCGCCGAAGGAGAUGGCUGCCAUUUUAUAAUCCCGUAACCAAUUGUGCUAUUGUGUAUGCUUUUUUUUUUUAGCUAUUUGUAACUUUUUAAAAGGUAAGCAUUUCACUGUAAGGUCUACACCUGUUGUAUUCGGCGCAUGUGACAAAUACAAUUUGAUUUGAGAUAGGCUGGAGCUUUUUGAAACUAUUCUAAAACAUCAGGUAGGAAACUCCAUUAACCAAGUUAUCUGCAUCAACAUUAAAACAAACUAGCCAUCAUUUUUUACAAAAUUAUUAUUUCUGUGAUGGGUCUACAUUGCUUUAUGCUGUAUCAUAGUGUAAAUGUUUAAUUGUGUUUUUUACAGUUUACUAAAAUCAGUGUAACUUUCUAUUUAACAAAAAUGACUACUGUACUUUGUAUUGAGAGUAUUAACAUUUCAUACCUAAAUUGUAAUACUUUUGUUCAGUCUUGCCAUUACUUACUUGAUUUUACCAUGACUUAAUCCAAACACAUAAUUUUCAUUAAUUAGCAAGGGUGCUUUAUUUUCCAUUCAGGACUAAGCAGGAGCAUAACUAUUUUCCAGCCCUUUAAAAUAAUGUUGUUGUGGAAAAUAAACUGUUACAAUAAUAACAGUACAUUCCAUCUAUUGUCUGAGUUUCAUUGAUAUCGUAAAAGCUGCUGAGGUUAGGUUAAGUGAUAGCUGAUAGCAUAUCACAAAAGUAAAAAGGUUCAUCUCUCAUAAUGUGCUAUUGGGUGAAAAAAAGCCUGCAAAUAGAAUUUGCUAGUAGUUUGUUAUAAGCAAGGAACAGAUUUGACCAAAGCUGUGUCUGCCCAUAGGCAUAUCAUACUGAGAAUACCACAUCUCGCAGAGAGAGCGAGAGACAGACUGAGUGUGUGUGUGCAGGAGAGCGUUAGGCAGCUAAAGUUUAAACUACUGUGGUAUGGUGGUCAGCUUCUGUUCUAAAGGCUACAGUCCUGCACCUGUCACACUUUCUCAUAUGUUACACAAUCUGAAGUCUGUGCAGGAUCAAACAA